AUGCGAGGAAGAUCUCAUAAGCCAAAGCACGAAGGCCUAUGUCGGAGAGAGACGCUUCCAAGGGGUGAGGGAAGUGCGGCUGAGAAUGAAUUUGUGGUUGCCGUAAAGCUGGAGAUGGUGGAGGACGGCGACAUAUUGACAACGGCGUCGACGUUGGUGGUCGAAGAGAAGGAGAAGGGGGUGAAUGGAAAAGAAGAAGCUACCGCUUCCGUCACUUACAGUACUUUCCACGGCUUCUAUGGUAGACCCGUUAAAUUGGUUUCAUCGCUGAAAUCGGUUUUGUAUUCGGUGCUACCCCUUUUUGUUACUCUUGUUGUUAUGAAUGUACUCGUGGGUUUGAUUGUAUUGGGUUUUGGGGUCUUUGUGGGUUUGGUGUAUAAAGGGGUACAGAUUUUAGGGUUUGAAAUUGAGUACGAGUCCAAUUACUUUCUGUGUUUCGCUGUUUUCGUCAUGGUUUUGGCUGUGUCGGUUUUAAUUUACUUGACGGUGGAGUGGUCGUUGGCUUAUGUGGUUGUGGUGUUGGAAUCCAAAUGGGGGCUUCAGCCAUUGAAAAGGAGUGCGUGUUUGAUAAAGGGAAUGAGAUGGGUCGCGCUAGCGGUGAUGUUCUCGUUCGGGAUCUUGAUAGGGCUUUUUGCAAUGGCGAGCUCGUCUUUGGUUUUGAAUGCUGGAUAUAUUCGAGGAGGGCGGCUUAGCUGGGCAUUUGUAUUGCAGACAGUGGUGUGCUCGGGUUUUAUGACUGUUUUGAUGCUUUACAGUGUGGCUGCACAUACAGUGCUGUAUAUGUACUGCAAGGCCUUGCAUGGGGAAUUGGCAUUUGAUAUUGCGGAGGAGUUCGCUCGUGAAUACCUCAGCUUGCCGUUUGAUGAUGGGAAGGUUCCUCAUGUUGUUUAUGUUGUUCCCCAUUGA